ACACACACACACACAGUAUGCUUAAUCGCAGAUGUGAAGAGCACACAGGCGGGAGAGACACAUUCAUGGACUGAGCUGGAUUUGCAAAGGGAACUGUCUAUUUUAUGGCCAUGGAAAUCACAUGCCAGGACGUUGAAAACAGACAUUGCGUUAUUCAAGACACCAUCAUCACCAUCACUCUCACCAGCUUUGGACAACAAACCUGUCACAAGGCCUGACGACAGUAUGUGGCUGCUGGUGAGCUUGGUGUGCCUGUGCCAGUGCACGGCUGGCCAGCUGCUGGAGACCAGGCCAAGAGUGUCCACACCCCGCUACAUCUGCAGCGUCCCUGGCUCACCUGGUUCGCCAGGUAAACCAGGCCCAGUGGGAGCACCAGGGGAGUCCGGCAUCACCGGGAUCCCGGGCAGAGACGGCAGGGACGGCAGGAGGGGAGAGAAGGGACAGAAGGGGGAAGUAGGGGUAAAGGGAAAAGUCGGCCCAACGGGUAGACUAGGGGAGCGAGGCGAGCGAGGUCCACAGGGAAAGAGAGGCCAAGGCGGGGACGGCGGCGAGCCGGGGCCCCUGGGCCCCCACGGCCCCCUGGGCGAGAAGGGGGACAAGGGCCGGAGGGGCCCGCCGGGCAGCCCUGGCAUCUGCAAGUGCGGCAGCCUGGUGCCCAAGUCGGCCUUCUCCGUUGGCAUCACCAGUAGCUUCCCGGCCGAGAAGACACCCAUCAAGUUCAACAAGGUGCUCUUCAACGAGGGCGACCAUUACAACCCGCAGACGGGCAAGUUUAUCUGCGCCUACCCGGGUGUCUAUUACUUCUCCUAUGACAUCACGCUGGCCGACAAGCACUUGGCCAUCGGCCUGGUGCAGAACGGUGAGUACCGCAUCAAAACCUUUGAUGCCAACACGGGGAACCAUGACGUGGCGUCUGGCUCCACCGUCAUGUACCUCAACCCGGAGGAUGAGGUGUGGCUGGAGAUCUUCUACAAGGACCAGAACGGGCUAUUCUCCGAUCCCGGCUGGGCCGACAGCCUGUUCUCCGGGUUCCUGCUCUACGCCGACACGAACUACUUGGACACUCUGUCGGAGGAUUAUGCGUAGUGUUGUGGCGUAGUGUAGAUCUCACCACUCAUAGAACCGAAAUGCAGCUCAUGGGGAAACUGUUCAUAGUAAUCUGAUGCAUUACCAUGUGCUCACCUUUGCAAAAUCUCCAAAGACUGCACUGACAAUAAUUUGCUGCACCACAGGCCGACACAGUACUUUCUGCGUCAACCAAAUAAUUUGAAUCAUCUACCCUCUGUACAUCCAAGCUUCAUGUAAAGAAUUAUUUAUUCAUUUGAUAAACCAUAUUAUGAAAAAAAGACAGAAUGAAAUCUUUAUACUGUAUAUAUGAAGAUGAUUUAUUUUGUGUUUUGUAUGUUGUUGAUUAUUAUGAGUAUUAUAGAUGUGUACAUAUACAGUACAUUAACAGUACAUUUGUAGUGCACUACAGUUCGGGUGAAGACUCAUUUUGUAAUAAAAGUAUAUUUACUGUACCUCUCAAAAGUUUUCUCUUGAAUCUUUCAUUACGCAUAAUUGUUUUUGUAGUAGGCCGAGGCCUUGUAUUAUUUCAUUGUCCCAUUGGAGCAGUUGGACUUUUAGCCCAUUUGCAAUCAAACACGACAACAAACCCUCAGCUACUUAUCUCACUGUUGCCACACCAGCAAAACCAAAGGAGCAUUUCCAAAUACUCUCGCAUCUGUUUCUCAAUCCCUAUUUGGUAGGUCACAGCGAGCUCACAGGACACUGCCAUGCAGGAUGUGGGUGAGUGCUAAGGAUUAAUGGAGCAGUAUGAAAUCCUGUGGAACAGACUGAGAAUGGGACAUUCACAGUUUAUGAUUAUGAUUAAAUGAUAACAUGCAUGCACAUGCAAAGGAGAGGGAGGGCAUCAUGGAUAAUUAACUCUGCACAAUGCAUUGAUUAUUGUGUGUGCGCGUGUGUGCACUAUGCAUGAACCAAACUUCAAGGGAAUCCUCUGUCAGGGCCAUGAUGUGUGGGUGCUUAGCUCUCUCUCUCUCUCUCUGUGUAAAAAGAGGCAGGGAGGGAAAAAAGACCUGGAUUUUAUUGCCGUCAACUCUGGGUGGGUGUUUGGCCUUCUCUUUGUGGGAAAAUGAGAGUCUGCCAAUAUGUUCAGCUUUCUGGCAAGAAGUAGCUACAUAGCCUAUUUCCACAGAGAAAAGCCAUUGGUGUUCUUGUCUCUAUAUAAAUAAGCUAAUGAAUUAUUAUGCGUUUUGAAGUCAUUACGUAAUUUCCAUGAGUAAAAUCACAUGUCUUAUGAAAUAAUUUGAUUGUGA